CUAUGUGAUAUUUUUUGUUUGCCUCAUAAGACAUUUUAUAAUUUUGGUGGCCUUUGCCUCGACUUUACAACGAAUAUCAGGACUUCGAACUAUUAUCCUGCUUCGGUUCACAGUAUCUUUUGGACAUUACACCCCUCUGCAAGAAUACUCGUUUAACUUGUUAACUCUAUAUGCAGAAUUUGAGAUCGUUGCCUUUGUCGAGCUAUUUCGUGGAGAAGGAAAUGUGCAGCUUUCUGUCAACCAACAUGGAACACACAUGGGAUGAAUUCUACUUUAAGCGUUCUUUCCUUGGAGUAAUCGAAAAGUACCUUGAAACUGUUGAAGAUAUGGAGUCAACCAUUCUGGUUCCAAGUCGACUGAUGGGCUUAGAGAUGACAGAGUUAUUGUCCAAAACGAACGGUGAUAGCUACCUAGAAGGCUUAGAUAUGAGAGCUUUCUACAGUUACAUGAAAGCCGUAAAAACACAGAUCGCUCUGGGCUGCAGUUACAUCCUCGAAAACGAUGAAAGAAAUUCGCCUUUCCAAUGCAAGUUGAGAGAAUCGACGAAGCAAAUCAACCAAAUCAUUUUGAUUGCAAAGUACAUAACAAUAUUCGCCCAAAACAUCGCUUUCCAGUCAAGGACAAUUACGUAUAAAGAAUUCGAGAAUAAUGUCAGAUUCACCCAAAUUCAGACCCUUCACGGAUCCCUCAAAGAAAUGUUGAAAGCUGUUGAUGAAAUGGAGAAAGCUGUUUUAUUCCCAUGCCUCCUGAAAGAUCACGGGACUGUAGACGAUUUGCCAAAAAUCUCAAAUUCAUCAUCUCCCAAUGUGGACAAUCUUCAUGAUGUAUUUACUCUUCUAAAGCUUCUAAAAAACGAAAUCCUAUCUAGCCCACGAGACUCCCAGAUACCUGAAGAUAGUUUUCACAUAAUGCUGUCAGAUUUGUAUCAAGCCCUCCUUGUAUACACUUCGUUGACCUCCAAUCUCACGAAGCGCUACAAACAAGAGGUCCAAUGUGUUUAGAACUCAAAUAUCUAUGUAGCUAGCUAUAAAGUAUUUGCGAAUUUCUAAAUACAGUACAUUUUGUGGAAUUUCUGCGAAUUACUCAAUGUAAUGCCGCUAAUUAAAUAGUCGAUAAAUGAUGUCAAAUAAUAAUGUAUAAUAUUUUGAAAGAAUAAUAAGUUUACAUGUAAGUAAAACGUUUGUUCAA